AUGCUAGCGGUGCACUCUUAUAAAGCGGGUCACUUUGCACCUGCUGCUGGCCCCCGCGACCCUGCGCUUCCGGGGCAUACCAGGAACGUAUCGUCCAUAGCCAGACCGCAACAUCUGGCCCCAGAAGUCCAGCGAUCCUGCUCAGACGUAACUCCCUUCCUCAAAUCACAGCUAUACUCAGGAUCGCGACGCGAGAAAAUUUGGUCCAACCUUCGCCGACUAAGUAGCACAUCGUUCCGGGCUGAUCCAAAUGGGCCACCUCUGGGCCUGACGAGAGGGAAGAGUGAACGCGAAAGGAACACUAACGUUAGCAUCGACUUCAUGUCCCCUGAAGGAGCUUCUGCUCCGCAGAUUGUCAAGGCAGCCCAGCCAGGUUCCCGAUUUGAGGUUAUGGGACUCAUAAAAAAUGGCCAUGAUAUUGAGGAGAGACACGUUCAUUCCCACAGGAGUGUCCUGCUGGUUGCCGCCCAUCGCGGAAACGUCGAAGUUGUCGACCUGCUUCUCCAAUGCAACGCCAGGCUGGACAUCAUGGAUAAGUCUGGAUCGAUGGCCCUUCAUCUUGCUGCCUCUCGGAGCCACUGCCAUGCGGUACAGCUUAUCAUCUCCCAUGAUGCGGAUAUAGAAGCAAAAGAUGUCAGAAUUAUAACUGCGCUACACUACGCGUGUGAGGAAGGCCAUUUGGGCGUUGACGAGAUUUUUCUUGAUAACACGAUGGACAUUAACGUUGCCGGGUGUGAUCGAAGAACUCCGCUCAUCUGCGCCGCAGCCACAGGCAGACUCUCAGUUGUCGAGCUACUUCUGAAUAGAAAAGCAUCUCAACGACGUGUUGACGAUGGCGGUAUGACAGCUCUCCACUGGGCUGCAUUUAACGAGCAGGUGGAUAUCGUGGAGCUGCUCAGCCGGAAAAAAGGCAUGCUGGCCAUGACGAACGCCGUUGGACGCACUCCUCUCCACCUUGCAGUCAUGAAAUGUCAAUUUUCCGUGGUUGAAGGGAUUACUCGGAAGGAAACCUCUAUAGAAAUCUGUUGCCACUCUGGUUUGACGGCUCUCUAUUAUGCUUGUAUCGCGAAUAACAACCACAUUACCAGACUGUUUGCUCAUGGCAAAAUCCGACAUAGAAGCAGCAACGGAGAGAGACCAUCAUCAUCGACGUCCCAUUCAUCUUGCCGCAGCCAGCGAUUCUGUGGAACUACUCACUUUACUCUAUGA